AUGGAGAAAGUCGCUUGCAAUGUCAUAUACGUGGACCGGCUGGUAUCUCAGGAUCGGGACGUGAAAGCCGGCCAGCAAAAUAGCGAUAGGGAUAUUGUGCCGUGGGAGUCCCCGCGUAUUGCUGAGAAUGUUGGCCAGCUCCUCGACGUUUUUGACUCCGUCCAUUUGUGUAGCACAGGCGGCGCGUGCCUGAGUCAAUGGCUGAGCCUGCACGAAUCGUCAGCCAUGGACCUCAAACCGACGGUCUUCAUCCUCGACACCCCAUACCAAGACCUCAACACCGAACAACAUCGCUUGAGGGCUCCCUCGCCACUAUCCCUGGUUGAUGACGACGGCGAUAACCGAGAAGAAGACCUGUACGGACUGGCCCUGUUGCGGAGGAUCAUUUCCGAGUCCUAUGUCCGGAACGCAUCUAAGCUCGUUGUCACGAUUCCAAUCAUCGCCCAUCCAUAUCCUGAUCAGCUCGGCGAGAAUGGCGCCAGCGAGGAUCGUGUCGACUCGGACGAGGAUCGCAGGGCGGCCAACAAGCGGAUGCUGAGGAAAUGUCUGGACCUGGGCGCCACAGAUGUCAUGGCGAGCCCGAUAAACACCAAGUGUGUCACUAACCUCGAGGUGCACGCCUACCGCGCCCAUCUAGACGCCGCUCGGGACCAGAAGGCCUUGAUAGAGCUCCGCCGAGGGCGGAAACGCUCAUGGGUCGGCAUCUGCGAGGAGAAGCCGUUUGCGUACUUGCGGGAAGCCAUGGUGUCCAAGCUGAUGGGCUGGAUUUGCCGCAUAGGAAAUGAGACGGAGGACGUGCUUGGUAGCAUCAAGCUGUCCAUUUCAGUUGAGAAGCAGGCUGAGGUCACAUCGGCCGUUGGCCAGUGGCAUUUUUGCGCCCAUAGCUUUACGGAUGACGAGCUUGUCGUUGCGGCCUUGGCCAUGUUCAAACACGCAUUGUCCAUGACUGAGUUGGAGCCGUGGCGAAUACCAACAGAUCAGCUACACCGCUUUCUUCUCGCCUGCCGGGCGGCCUACAACACAUUCGUCCCAUAUCACAACUUCCGCCACGUGGUCGAUGUCCUGCAGGCAACCUUCCACUUCCUUGUCCGCAUUGGCUCCUUGCCCCCAUACCGCUCUGCCAAUGGUCUGCUGUCAGGGAAUCCGAAGUCGCCAAUGGCGAAGCUUCUGCAGCCGUUUGAGGCCUUGACGCUCCUCAUCACGGCUAUUGGUCACGAUGUCGGCCAUCCCGGAGUCAACAACGGCUUUUUGGUGACACUGAAUGCGCCACUUGCCCAGCUGUACAACGAUCGCUCCGUUCUUGAAUCCUUCCACUGUGCCGCCUAUUCGCAGAUCCUGCGGCGAUAUUGGCCGUCUGUUUUCUGCGACAGCAAGAUGCGCAGCCUCAUGAUCAGCUCUAUCCUUGCCACGGAUAUGGGCCUCCACUUCGACUACAUGAGGAAGCUGGGCCAGCUUCAGGACAGACUUCGCGCAAAUGACCGCACCGAAGAGUGGGACGAGUGUAUCAAGAACGAGCAAAAAGCGCUCACAUGUGCUCUUCUCAUCAAGUGUGCAGAUAUCAGCAAUGUGACACGCCGCCAUGACACGGCACGUCAAUGGAUGCACAUCCUGGCUGAUGAGUUCUCCCGGCAAGCCACCAUGGAGAAUGAGCUGGCUAUCAAAACAUCACUCAUGUCGGAGCCGAAAAAGGAUAUUGUCUCACUCUCCACCGCGCAGCUGAAGUUCAUGACCUUAUUCGCCCUGCCGCUAUUCCAGGGCGUUGCGGAUAUUCUCCCGGCAAUGCAAUACUGCGUCGAUGAGCUCCUCUUGAACAAAAUCCAAUUUGAGAAGUGUUUACGGGAAGAACAGGAGCGACAGUCAGCUACCGAACCGGUCCCAGGAUUCGACGACAAUGCGGUCUCGCCCAAAUCGAUCGACUUCACGACCUCGCCGGACCCGGCGACGGAAGCACACCCCGCAGUGGGAUCUGUGCCCAAGGUCGUUGAACCCCAAGCCAUCGAAGCCGCGGUUGUCCAGCAGACCGACACGUUCCACAGGCCGCAUCCAAGCCCCAAACGACCUAUCGGUGGACGGAUGGUCAACGGCAUCGUAACCAGUUUUCCGCCUGAGCCCGACUUCAGCCCUAGUGAGCAGUUCCAGCCGGAUAGGAGUCAUCACCAUGGCCACAGCAGACAAAAAUACAGUGAGACGACGGAGGGCAGCUCGGCACCAGCCAGCGGCGAUUGGGGUUCACACUCCACAAGCGCUACGACAGGCAGGAUGCCGUUAUCGCCCAGCACGCAAGGGACCAGCAUCGUGAGCCGUGACUCUUUUGACCGGCCGCACAGCUACAGCACCAAUGUACCCGUGCCGAGCGUGGUGUCGCCGGACGAAUCUACGACCACAGUUCCGGACUAUACCACUUCUACCACUAGCAAGAGCCAUGCCGAACCAAGAGUUGACAGCUACCCACCGCCCCUAGCGCUAGACGAGGAGCAUGACACAACGCGAAACGGCCACCACCAGUGUGCAACUUGCGCGGCGGCGAAGAAGAACGGCGCUACAUUAGAGCCUGUGGAUCCCAACGGUCGGCAACUUAAGAAGAAACCGAGUCGGUUCAGGAUUAACGGGCUGCAGAGCUUGUUCAGGAAGCACAAGAGCUCGAGCCCGCCGAUGCAGGCUGCCGAUACCGCUGGAUAG